UCAGCACGCUAAUUGCUCACAACUAUGUAAUUGCAAUGGUUAUACUAAAUGUUCUGAACUAUAAAUAGUCGCGUUUUAAUUUGAAAUCCAUACAAAGUACUUUUAAAAUUCAAACUGUUAGUUAGACUGAAAAUAAUUUCGCCUCGAACCGAUGCUAAUGGAACUAAAUUUCUACGCGAUUACUUUUUUAAAUGUUUUGGUUUCGCUGGUUUACGGUAUGUAAAGCUCCUCUCCUCACUCUUCCAUUUGCGCUCAGUUGCCCCCUUCUACACUUAAUUUUUUUAGGAAGCACCGCAGACUCAACGCGCAUUGUUGGUGGUAAUGACGUGCCUCCUGGGGAAUAUGUUCCCUACCAAGUAUCCCUACAGUAUUUUACUAAAAAGAAUAAGUACCAACACUUUUGUGGCGGCUCCAUUAUAGCACCAAGCCGUAUUUUGACCGCCGCUCACUGCUGCAAUGGCUUUGAUGUGAAGCGGAUGACAGUGCUGGCCGGCGUUCGCGACCUUAACGACUCGGAAGGUGUGCGAGUGCAGGUAGCUUCCUACGAUAUUCACGAAAACUACGAAGAACUUGUGACCAGUGAUACAGCUAUCCUGACACUAGUCGAACCGCUGAAUUUGGAUGGAGUACGAAUGGCAGCUAUUGACGUUAGGGGUUCUGAGCAGGUGGGCGGGGGAGUGCCAGUCACCUUGACGGGCUGGGGUUUGCGUUUGCCAAUGCCUCUGCCAUUCCUGCCUCCGGAGUUGGACAACGUCAAUUACCCGACCACCUUGCAAACCAUGAACUAUCACACCAUUACAAACCAGGAAUGCAAAAACAGUGGGAUGGAAGACCUCACUGACACGGAGAUAUGCGCUCGCGGCCGUCUGCUUAAAGGCGCCUGCUCGGGUGACUCUGGCGGACCCCUCGUUAUGAAAACUGAAGAGGGGCUCCAUCAAGUUGGCAUUGUAUCGUAUGGACUCUUCAUUUGUGGCGUCUUCAGUGUCAUACCGGACGUGUACACAAGAGUUUCUGUGUUCGAUGAUUGGAUACAGGCGCGAUUACAGUUAAAGUUCGCACACACAUGCCCUUUAAGUAGUACACACUCAUAACUAGAAAAUCCAUAUAUCGUCGUGCGCACAAAAUGCAUAUCUUAAGAUAGACGUAG